AUGGGCAUCUCAGGCCUUCUCCCGCUCCUCAAAUCAAUCCAUCGUCCCACCGAGCUCAAGAAGUAUGCCGGUGAGACCUUCGGUAUCGACGGCUAUGGCUGGCUCCAUCGAGGUGCCGUAGCCUGUGCCAUGGAGCUGGCCCAAGGCAAGCCAACUCGCAAAUAUGUGGACUUUGCCAUGCACCGUGUCAGGAUGUUCAAGUACUUCGGCGUUACCCCGUAUUUGGUGUUUGACGGCGAUUUUCUGCCCAGCAAGGCCAAGACCGAGGCUUCAAGGUCCAAGCGUCGGGAAGAAAGCAAGAAGAUCGGGCUCGAGUUUUUGAGGGCUGGCAAACCGUCACAGGCUUAUGCCGAACUUCAGAAGUCCAUCGACGUCACUCCGGAGAUGGCUCGUCAUCUGAUCGAGGAGCUAAAGAAAGCCGACGUCCCAUAUGUGGUCGCACCGUACGAAGCAGACUCUCAGCUGGUCUAUCUCGAACGCCAAGGCCUAAUCAGUGGCAUCGUGUCCGAAGAUUCCGACCUGCUGGUGUUUGGCGCCAAGCGCCUCCUAACCAAGAUGGACCAACACGGUCAUUGUAUCGAGAUAAACCGGCGAGAUUUCUGUGCCGUCCGCGAGAUUUCUCUCACCGGCUGGACGGAUAACGAGUUUCGGCAUAUGGCCAUUCUCAGCGGCUGCGACUAUCUAGAUGGCGUCAACAACGUCGGCCUGAAGACGGCGUAUCGCUUGAUUCGGAAGCACAAGACCCCCGAGCGCAUCAUCAAAAUGCUUCGCUUCAACGGCAAGCACCAGAUCCCCGAGACCUACCUUCAGGAUUUCAAACAAGCCGAGCUCACCUUUUUACAUCAGCGUGUUUUUUGUCCAAAAAAGCGGGAUAUUGUUCUCUUGACGGACCCAGCGCCCUCGGUCAAGGUCGACGACAUGCCAUUCAUUGGAGCACCGGUCGAGACGGAGAUGGCUCGGUCCAUCGCUGAUGGCGAUGUCAAUCCCAUCACCAAGCAACGUAUCCCGCUUCCGCGGUCUCCCGGGAAGAGGAGGAUUAGCCAGGCUCUUGCCCCAGCGAGCGGACCACCAAGAAGUCUGGGAAAACCGAUUAGCGAGUUCUUUAAAGACAGGAAUGCCCGUCGGAUACCUCUUGGUGAAAUGGACCCGAACUGCUUCGCCGUGGAUUCGGAUCCUAACACCAGUACCGCGGUCGAAGAGGCACCCCGCCCGAUUGUGUUCCCACUUCCGAGGCCGUAUAUCGAUGGUGCGGAGGAAGCUUCGGCGAGUCCACUCCGGCCGUAUACCAGCAAUGCUCGCGCACUCCGCCGAAAGACGGAGCCUGUUUCGAAGCUGCUCGGCCUGGAUAUAUUUGAGUCAUCUGGUCAUCGUCGCCGGACAACCGGCCCGGCAAUCCAAGUGUACCAGGACUCGGCGGCUUCCAGCAGACCGCCGAAGAAAGCCCGUUUAUGUGACGACUCGGCCUUUGCCGGGGUCGCCAGUGCAACCCCAGAAAAGAGCAAAUUCUUUUCCAUGACAGAGCAAAAGAGGCCUGCUAAGAAAAAGGUGGACGAGUUUUUGAUGUCGGAUGAUUCGAUCGAAGAGGCAUUCCGGAGUCUUCCGGACGACACUUGGCGCUCUGAAAAGCCAGCCAAGCCGACCGACGACAUCACCAUUUUUCACGAGCCCUCUCCUAAGAAGCGGAAAGAAGAUAUUUUCCCUUCGGAACUGUCAAUCGAUCGGCAGGACCAUAAUUCCGACGAUGCCGUAGAAGUACCAGCUUCAUCGCCUGUUCAACACGGACCAACCAAGGGGUAUAGCGAUGGCCACCCCGCAUCCAUGACGCCGCUGGGGGACCUGCUUAAGGAGUUUUCGUAUGACACAGCACAGCCCCGGACCCGAGUCGUCCACGGGCUGCCCACGCCGGCAUCUAGUCUCCAGCAAACGGCGACCCCGAAGAGCGGCGGCCCAAGAGGCACACAAAUCCCCAUGCCGACUCCCCUACAGCGAAUGGGGGCUCGGGCGUUCCGACGUGGAAAAUCUCAGUCGAUGCCCUUGACCCCGCCGGCAAGCAACGAUUCUGGGCAGUUCGACUCGUUGCCUGUAAACCCGGCCUUCAUCCCUUUGCCAAAGGUAGAUGUCGAGGAGCUCGAGGCGCUGAAUAUUCCCUUGGGUAGCGAGGACCAGCUUAUCCCCGAGAGUGAGAGCGAAGAUGAUGGUGUGGAUGCGCCCGGUGCAAGCCAUCAUCACCAAACCAAAGUUCGCCAACUGAUCCUUGCUCGCGUGCACCAGGAGCGCCUGCGCAAUCAUGCAAAGGCAUUCGAUGGCCUCCUUUCUCUGAUCCCAGCCAAGAUGUACUACGGGGAAGACACAAGUGACCAGUGGAGGAAAAAGAAGCAGACCAAGGACGAAGCCAGGGCCGCCAAGCGGGGAAAGCUCGACCCGGACAGCGAACUCAACCGCAAUGCGAAGGAGGUGCUGGACGAGCGGGCGCGGAACAAGCGUAAGCUGCGGGAGAUGGAGGCUGAGGAGGAGAGCGAUGCGGGGUCCGACCAGGACGACGACAGUGAUGUUUCCGGUAUCGAGAGGGAGAAGCCUGGGGAGGGACUGAAGAAGAAGCUGAAGUUGGACGAUGGCGACGAGGAGGAGGAAGAGGAAGAGGAGGAGGAGGAGGAGGAGGAGGAGGAAAAGGCACCAAAAAAGCAGAAGGCGGUCGAGGAACCGGAACAGAAGGUGGUCGAGCCGGCUCUCAGCAAGAAGGCCCAGGCGAAGGAGAAGAAGUUGGCCAAGAAGCAGAAGCAGGAGGAGGCCAAGCAGGCAAAGGAAGAAAAUCCCAAAAAGGCGAAGAAAGCAGAGAAAGCAGAGAAGGCUAAGAAAGUCGAGAGCGAGGCUGAGGAGUCCACAACCGACGAAGCGCCUGUACAGCCAUCUGCCGAAGCCGAGAGCGACGACGAAGUAUUGGCACCCAUCAACGUAUCGGGACUUGCGAACGAAGAAGACACCUCAGCCGACUCAACCCCAGCGUCGCCCACCUUCGACACAGUCAAGAACGCGUCCGUCGAACCAGCGAGUACCACGACCUCCAUAUCUUCAGCUGUUCCGCCGUCAGAAAAGCCCAAGUACCUCAAGAUUCCCGCCGACACCACUGCUCUUCGCGCCCGCCUAGAGGCGAAGCUCCUAGCCCUACGCGCUGACCGCAAGGCUGACGAUUCCGAGGGCAAGCCCAUCCGCACAAGGCAAGACCUCAUUGAGUCGCGGCGCGAGAAGCAGGCCCAGCGCAAAGCCCACAAGCAGGAGAUGCGCCGGUUGGCUAAGGAGGAGGAGGAUAGGAAACGGGAGGAAGCGCUCAACAGCGCGCGCAACUCGCCGGGGCUCAGCCCCCUAUUCGAUCAAGAUGACGACCGCAGCGCCAACAACUUUGCCUUCGGCCGCCUCGCCUUCUCCGACGGGACCCAGCUAUCGCACGACCUGAGCUACGAGAAGGGCCCCAACGGCGCCAAGAAGAAGGGACCCUCAGACCCCAAGACCGCGCUCCUCAAGCUAGAGGCGCAAAAGAAGCGCGUCGCAGGCAUGGACGAAGACAAGCGAAAGGAGGUGCUCGAGAAGGAAACGUGGCUGGCCGCGCGCAAGCGUGCCGAGGGCGUCAAGGUCCACGACAACGAGUCGCUGCUUAAGAAGGCGCUGAAGCGCAAGGAGAAGUCCAAGAAGAAGUCGGAGCGCGAGUGGAAGGACCGCGCCGAGGACGUCAAGACCUCCAUCCACCAGCGCCAGCGCAAGCGCGAGGACAACCUCCGCAAGCGCCGCGACGAGAAGGCCGCCCACAAGUCCGGCAAGAAGAAGAACAAGGGCGUGCAGACCAAGAAGAAGAACCGGCCCGGGUUCGAGGGCGGGUUUGGCGGUGGGCGGAAGUGA